AUGACCUUCCGCAGCAUUGUCGGGCAGCCCGAGAUCGCAUCGAUGGUGUUUGCGUUUCAGUUUGGCUUGUAUGAAGACGUGCGUCCGGCCUUUCUCGCUUGCAACGAGCUCGUCGAGUUUGCCGAUCGUCGGGCCACGUACGAGGGCGACGUCUCGUUUCGCAUGGCACCAACCGCUGCGUGA